GCGCCUCUCGCACUCAAGAACCUCACAGGCAAACAACCUUCAAAGCAACUUGUUUAUACUUUCUCCUCCCCGCAUAACUGUAUUUUCACAAUGGCCGAGCCUGAGCAUAACUGGAAAUUCGCUCAAUGUUUUGGUGAUAAGGGAGAUUCUGAUGACAUUACAGAAGCCGAUAUUAUCUCUACCGUGGAGUUCGAUCACACUGGUGACUAUCUUGCAACCGGUGACAAAGGUGGCAGAGUCGUUCUUUUUGAACGCAACGAAAGCAAACGAGGUUGCGAAUACAAAUUCCAUACCGAAUUUCAGUCACAUGAACCCGAAUUCGAUUACCUGAAGAGUUUGGAAAUUGAGGAGAAGAUUAACAAGAUAAAAUGGUGCAGGCGGCAGAACGCUGCCCAUUUCCUUUUGUCUACCAACGAUAAAACAAUCAAACUGUGGAAGGUAUUCGAGAAAACUUUAAAAAUCGUGCAAGAAACCCCACUUCAUCAGGACGGCAUCAUGCUCCGGCCCAGUCUACCAACUUCCAAUAAUCUCGGCACUUCUCCAAUAGCUGCUGGCAACUUGCGCUUACCGAAGCUAACGCAUCACGAUACAAUCAUUGCAGCAGUCCCGCGAAAAAUCUAUGCAAAUGCGCAUGCUUAUCAUAUCAACUCUAUAUCCAUUAACUCGGAUGGAGAAACCUACAUAUCUGCAGAUGAUCUUCGAAUCAACCUUUGGAACUUGGAUGUCUCAGAUCAAAGCUUCAACAUUGUCGACAUUAAGCCUGUUAACAUGGAGGAACUUACGGAGGUCAUUACCGCAGCAGAAUUCCACCCACUUCAUUGCAACUUGUUCAUGUAUAGUAGCAGCAAAGGAACCAUUAAACUAGGUGACAUGCGCGAAUCGGCAUUGUGCGAUCAGCACAGCAAAGUCUUUGAGGAAGAAGAAGAUCCUUCCAACAAAUCCUUCUUUUCAGAGAUCAUUUCAUCGAUAUCUGAUGUCAAAUUCAGUAAGGAUGGUCGAUAUAUCCUCUCUCGUGACUAUCUCACUCUGAAGCUUUGGGAUAUCAACAUGGAGAACAAGCCUGUUAAGACUAUUAACAUUCACGAUCACCUUCGAAACAAAUUGUGCGAUUUGUAUGAAAAUGAUUGUAUCUUUGACAAGUUCGAGUGUACUUUUAGUGGAGACGGAAGUUCCGUCUUGACCGGAUCAUACAAUAAUUACUUCCACAUUUACGACCACGAGGGCAAGUCAGAUAUUACUCUGCAGGCUGAUAAGAGUGCUUUCAAGGCAAAGCGUGUGGGCUCAGCCAAGAAUAAGAUGACUAUGACUGGCAACCGAAAACGAGACGAUUUCAAUGUUGAUGCAAUUGACUUCAAUAAGAAGAUUUUGCAUGCGUCGUGGCAUCCCAAAGAAAAUUCUAUUGCCGUUGCCGCUACCAACAACCUGUUUAUUUUCACUGAACUUUGAUCUCGUUUUUCUUCCUUUCCAUUGUUUGUCUUUCUUCAAGUACUUCUUUUUUUUGCGCCAGUAAAAUAAAAUAAAAAUGCAGCCCAAAAACAUUUGUGCACUUGAACAAUUGGC